AUGACUAUGGAAGAUAUGAACGCGUGUACUCAGUGUGGAUAUAUGACAAAUAAUUUCAAGGAAUUCAAAGAACAUAUCGAACAGCAUGAAAAUGAACGGCAUCUUAUGACGAAAACUCCAAGCAUCGGCCAGGAAUGGAGCGAGGAUUUGGACGAGUUGUCAUCGACACCAAACCUGUCAUCCCCCGAGCAUUUUCCUCCAGCGACCGCCUCUUCACCACCAAUCUCCGGUAAUCAUAGCACUCCUAAAACAACCAACAAUAAUGAUAUAUCUACUACUACUGCUACAACUAUAGCAGCCACUACCAACAACAAUAAUAGCAACAAAACGAUUCACGUUUGUCCUCAUUGCAAUUUUGAAACUUGCAUGUCGCAGCAUAUGAAGAGUCAUUUGGAUGCUCAUGAGCGUCAUCAGGGCCAGAUGUACCAGUGUGAUAUUUGUCAUAUGCAGUUUAGCCAGAAAGCGAAUAUGCACCGUCAUAGAAUGCGGCAUACAGGUGUAAAACCUUAUCAGUGCCGCUAUUGCUUAAAAAAAUUCUUCCGGAAAGAUCAGAUGCAAGAACAUUCUAUGACCCACAUCAAAACAGGAGCUGACUUUGACUGCCCUGUUUCUUUAUGUGAUCAGCAAUUUAGUCAGCAUGCAAGUCUACGGACUCAUUUAGAUGAAGCUCAUGCAAUUACACCGUCAACUCCAGCGUCAUGUAAACGAUGUUCGUUAUUGUUUGCCAACUCAAGACGGCUUUUGUUGCACUAUCAAACGAAACACGAUGAAGGCGAUGUAAGUUUUUUGAGAGUGGAGUUUUUCAUCAGUCUGCUUGUUUUAUCUAAAUUUAGCACAUUUAAGACGUCGAAUAUCGUAACAUCUCUGGUUAACCCUCCAAUUAAACCUCCGAAAUUAGAAGAUGCAAAGAAAUUGUACCCCCUAAUUACGUCAUCGAUCUCCAAAAAACAACGAAAGACAAGUGAACCAUUGUUACCUCCGGAAGUCAUAGUUGCUGCAGUUCAAGAACAGUUGAAAUUCAUUAAACAAGAAUCUAUGAAGCCAUUAAUAAAGGAAGAAGUAUCUCAGUGCAUGAAUUAUGAGCAGGCCAGAUUUGGAAUGACAAAUGAGGAAUUGUUGUUGUCAUUAUCCAGUGUGAGUACUCCAUCAUUUCUAACUGAAAUGAAGCAAGAAUCUGCAUUACAACAAUUUUGGACACGGCCGAGUAAUACCGGGAGUGAAAAUACAGAAGAUCAAUCGCACUCGCCAUCAGUUGAGAGCGGAAGCAGUAGUGCAACGGAUGGUGAGGGAGGAGAAAAGGAACAACAGGAAUGCAUGCACUGCGGAAUGAUUUUCAUGGAUCAGACACUGUACUUACUUCACAAAGGUUUACAUUCAGAUUCAGAUCCUUGGAAAUGCAAUCUGUGUGGCCAUGGUUGUGGAGAUAAGUAUAUGUUCACAACCCACGUUAUCAGUUCCGAUCAUAGUUGUUAA